AUGAACAAUAACGGGGAACUCGACUUUUUCAUCCAGUGUCUCGGACUCAAAGAACAGCCACGCAAUGGAUGGCGUAGAAGAGGCAUUAGCGAUGGAGAGUCCGUCGCAGACCACACGCUGAUGAUGUUGCUGAUGAUGCUGUGGAAAACUGAGGGGUUGCCAGCCGAAGACAGGCUCAAGGCCUUGGAGAUGGUCAUCGCCCACGAUCUUCCAGAGGCUAUCAUGGGCGACUACACUCCGGCAGACAAGGUCCCUAUCGAUCGUAAGCGGACAGAGGAAUCCCUCGCGAUGGAUUAUCUGCAAUGUCUGUCGUCAAGCGAGACUAUCGGCACCCUCAGGGACAGACUUGCGGAGUAUAAUGAACAUCAGACUCCAAUCUCGAGCUUGGUGCACCAAGUCGACAAGCUUGAACCCUGUCUCCAAGCAUUGCGUUACCAAAAGACACACCCUGACGCGCAGCGCUUGGAGGAUUUCCAGGCUCACACAGAGUACCUCAAAGAUCCGGCUUUAGUAGCUCUUGGGAGAACGGCCGUGGAGCAGUGGAAUCUCCCUCGCCUGAGACUAGAAUAUAUUUUCCUCAUUGGGGGCCCUGGAGUUGGCAAGGGGACACAGUGCCAGCUCUUAUCUCAAGAGAAUACUACUGCCUGCUUCUCGCUUGGGGAACUUCUACGCGAAGAGAAAGAUGAUGCCGAGAGCCAGUUCAAAGAUUUCAUCGAACGAAGUUUCAAGGAGGGCGUCGCGGUCCCGGGAUCGUUAGCCAUGCGGAUUCUUCGCGGAAGAAUUGCUGGUGCAGCUGACAGCGGAAAAUCCAUUGUCGUCCUAGAUGGGUUUCCACGGAGCUUGAAGCAGCUACGAGAGUUCAUGGCAGAGAUUUCCCCAGAGUUCUGCACGCUCUAUUUGCGUUGCGCUCCGGAUGUCUUGAGUCAACGUCUCGAGACUAGAGCGCAAUCAUCCAGCCGCACCGACGAUCUAGAUGCUAGCGUUCGUUCAUCGAGAGCAAAGCGAUUUGAGGCAGAGAGUCAAGCUCUUAUCACAGAGCUAAAGAAAUAUCCAUUCCGAGAGAUCGACGGCAGUCGCGCACAGAAUGACGUGGCUAACGACAUUCAGAGUUGCUUACAAAGUAUGCGCGCUGACACAUAA